AUCAAAAUAUAUGUCGUUUACUAUUGUGCUUUACAAAAAAUAUAAUACUACCUACCUCAAGCUUAGGAACAACGUGGUGAUAAGUAUAAACACAAAAUAUAAGUGGAACCAUAUAUAUAUAUAUAUGAUUGUAGUCCCUCCCUCGAAGAAAGUAUCAAACCAUAAAUUAAGAGAGAGCUUCUGAAAGUCAUGGCGAACCACACUGAUGAGAUGACUUACUCAUUUGAGAUAGACAACUUCUCCCAAAGGAAUACUAUAUUUAGGACUCCAAUAUUCUCAACCCGAUCCUGCAACUGGUUUGUUUACGUAUAUCCCAAGGGAGAUAAAAUUAGUAAAAAUAUGUCUCUGUGGCUAAAAGUUCCAGAUCCUCUCUUACGGCCUUUGUGUUGGUCGAGACAGACAUCGUUUCGCUUCGUCGUUGUCAACCCAUCCGACGUUAACAGUUCCCGAAGUUUCAAAUCUAUUGACCGCAUCUUUAACAAGGGACAGCCAUUCUGGGGUUUUAGAACGGACUUGAGUCUUUCCAAACUUCAAGAGGAAAAAUUUCUUGUGAACGACAAACUCAAAAUUGAAGUCUACAUAGGUACUAUCUCUGUUCAUGGUGGACUAGAUCCACAUGUCUUACCCGAAAAGAAGAAGGAGACCGUUUGUGUCAAUGGCUUCCAAGUUCGUGAUUCUCAAGUAAAGUCAGCAAAGUGGAUUUUUGAGACUUACCCGGAAAUAGCAUUGUAUAUUCAACCACAAGAUCCACAGCUUAAGACAGCAUACAUGAACAUUCUCCUCAGAAUCUACGAGAAACUAUAUAACAGUCCUCUUGAGAAGCUCACCGAGGGUGAACUAAGUAACAUUUCCAAGGGUUUGCUUGAUCUGACACAAGCUGGUUUUAAGCUGGAAUGGUUGAGGGAAAAGCUUGAGAAGGUUUCCCUGGAGAGGAAGAAACUAUCUGGUUAUGAAGCUCAGGCUAAAGAACUUGAGAAACAGUUGAAGAGUCUUGAGCUGAUGAUGUGUAAUCUCAAAGCUGAGAUCAAGUUGAAAGCCGAGAGCUAAUUAUAUUAUGAUAUUUGGUUAGGUAUUUCUAGUUUUCAUUAUAUCUUAUGAUUUAUUCUUUUUUUGUCUGACAGGCUUUGAUUUAGAUCAAUUAUAUCCUUUUCAUAUAUUUUGAUGUCUAGAAAUCAAUUGUUUUCAACACAAUAUUCGUCUUUUUAGAUUGUGCUUGUUAAAUAUUCUCAAAAAAAAAAAAUCAAACCUUAAGUUCCUUUUUAAAGCAGCAAGGAAAGCAGUUCUUGUUUAAGGUAGGAAGAAAAUUAGCAGAAGAUGAAGCAAAUAUGAAAACCAAGAUUUCAAGAAUAUCUAGCAGAUGGAUAUGUGCCUAGAAAAUUUUCUCUUAAGUGUGCUUUACACUAACAUUAUAAGUGGUUUGAUAGAUCUUGGUAGUCUGGUACUAUAUGUUACAGUAAGUUCUGUUCUUCUUUCCUCUCAACAGAGGAUUUGCUUUGAGUUUUAUUCCUCAAAGUACCAAGUUCUAACGAAGAAAAGGCCCAGUUAAGCCCAUAACUCUUUAGGAGCCAAACUGAAAAAUCUCGUUGACGGUGGAUGUCACUGAAUCCGACGUGCUCGUCCUAGCGGUUAGUU